CGCGAGAGAACAAAAUGAAGGAUUCCCACGAAUAAUCAUAUGAGAAAAGUCAGACAACACAUUUCAUAGGUGGAAGUAUUUCAGUGUAACGCAUGUGUUGGACUCUGUUUGCUCUCAGCUAUAAGUGAGGUAUAUCCAAGCAAUGUCUUGGUCAAGCGAACUCCCGCAAGAGCUUCUUUGUCGACCAACUGGCCUUGUUGUUCUUACUGGACUUGAUGUCACCUACAAUGCUGUUCAUAAGCUCAUCUGGGACUCCUUUUGUAACAAUCGUCGUCCAGACAGGGUUCCCCUUCAAUUCCGAGUCCCGGGAGGGGACUAUGAAUAUCCUAAGUGCAAAUCUAAGAGAACGUCAUAUGAGUGGUACAUCCCUAAAGGUGUACUGAAGACGUCCUGGAUGAACAAGCACCUUAAUGAGGUGCCAGGGGUGGUGGUGAUCUUCUUCGACCUGGACUGGGAUGAGACCAUGUGGAAGGAGAGACAAAUGGAGUGUGCAACACGAGUCGAGAUUGUCAGGAAUAGCCUGCAUGGUCGGGGCACGAAGGUGGCAGUUGUCCUCAUACAGAGAAACACGCCUCUUCCACCAGGGGAGGAUGUUGUUGCAGCGGAGAGAGCUGCCUCUAUAUGCAGCAUGUGCGACAUAUCAGCCAAGUCCCUGUAUGUUCUGCCACAUACUGACCAUCUCAUCGGCUACACCAUCAGACUUGAGAAUGCCUUCUACGAGUUGGCCCAAGGCUACUACCACACUGAGGCCAGGAAGGUGAAGUCUCAUAAAGACUUCCUCAACAAGACCACGCACCAGUUGCUGUUUGUCCGGCACCAGUUCAAGAUCGCCUUCUUCAAUGAGCUGAAACAGGACACCCAUACUGCCCUCAAACACUACAAACAAGCCUAUGGUCAUAUACUUGACCUGCGCAUGUAUGAUACUAACAUGAUGGAGAUCAAGACUAUCGCAGGAUUCGUUAAUUACAAGAUCUGCCGACUGUCAUUCCAACACAAUGCUCCUCUUGAUGCCAUUGCUCAGUUUAGGAAGCAUAUUGACUUCUUCAAGAGCAAGCCAAGCACAGCAGAACUGUCAUUCGAACACAGUGCUUGGAUGUCUAAACAAUUCCAGGUGUUCGGAGACCUGUUUGACGAGGCAAUCAAGCUGGGCCUGACAGCCAUACAGACUCAACACCCAGGGUUCUAUUACCAACAGGCUGCAAACCACGCUAUCGCCCGAAAACACCUCUGUCAAGAACUGUGUCAGCCAAUCACUGAUCCACCUCCAGUUGACCCAUUCCAGAACGUGGCUCGGCUGGAGUACUACGGCCAGCGACCAUGGAGACAAGGCCAUCAGAGUAUCGAUCCCCCGGAUGCCCAGAAGGAGAAGGAAGGGAUUAGUGGCUUGCAGUGUCUGGAGAACCAAGUCGACCACUCUUGGCUGAUAAUACCCCUACUGAGCAGUGCUGUCAGUCAGUUCAAGAAGUACAAGUCUCCCAGACUCAAGAGGAGUCUCAUGGUCCAGAUGGGAGAGGAGUACUUCCAUGCUAAAGACUAUAGUAAAGGACUGAUGCUGCUGAACAAGGUGAUGUGGGACUACCGGGUGGAGCGAUGGUGGAUUCUGCUGACCUCCAUCUUGUCGCUGUCUCUCAAGUGUGCCUACCUCACUGCAAGGCUCCAGGAAUAUGUCUCCAACUGUAUCGAGCUCAUCGGACAAUAUUGUCUGUGUAGCCCUGAGGAGAAGACUCGAAUACAGAUGAACCUGAUCAGAGUCAUGUCUAAUGACCUUCCAGAGCCAGAAUCAGUCGUAGAAAAUGAAGGGGUAGAAGCUGCCCACAAGGAGUGGACACAGGCCAUGUCGGAGCCUACGGUCUUCACAGUGGAGAUGCAGAGUCUUGUCCCAUUCGUGGAGUGCAAGGCCAGGUUCCUGGGGGAGACAGUGUCUGCUGACAGUGAGAUCACUCUGGAGGUCUGUCUCAGGGUCAGCUGCCCUUUCCCAGUUCGCUUCUCCAAACUGUCGAUUCACUUCAACAACCAGGCGUAUAACGAUCACUGUGAGAUGACGGAUACACAGGGGAUGAAUGCUGCAGCGGAGGGAGAGAGUGACGGUGGAGACCUCUAUCUGGUGCCGGGGAGACUCAGGAUCUACAGGUUCACGUUCCUGCCUCUGAAGGAAGAUGUCGGGAACCAAGUCGAGAUAUCAUCAGUUGCUGUGGAGAUGGGAUCAGAAAGAGGCUGCUGUGCGGUGUUACGUUGGCUUGGUGGAGGUGGUGACGUCAUCUCUACACCGCUGUGUGCCCAGGCCAACAUGUCACGGCGCCAACACCCUGCCAGCGGCAAGGUCAUGUGGGAGGACUUCUCCGUCAGCCAUGUCAUCAGGGUGGUGCCCAGGGAGGCCAAGUUGGAUCUGCAGGUGGAGCACAAGCCUCCGAGUCUCCUCAACGAGUUCUACAAGUUCAAUGUUACCAUCACAAACAAGGAACCUGAAACUAUCUUUGACGUCAGAUUAUCAGCAGGUGUGCAUGAGGCACAAGAAAGUGCACAGCACGAAAAAACAAGUAAGCUUGAAACUAAACCAGAACUUUCAACAACAGCUCACAUCAGUUUUGACCAGCCCGAGUUUGAUGGCCGAGUGAUGUCGGAGAAGAUGGACAUCGACCUGGGGACCAUGGAGCCAGGACAACAGAUUCUGAGGACAUUCUACUUGAAAAGCUUGCAGUCAGGCAACAGGACAGUAUUUACAAAGGUGAAGUACAACAUCGAGGUGGAACACCAGGAUGACAGAAUCAGCUGUGUGUGUGACAAGGAGGAGACCAUCACACUGUCCAUCAUCUCACCCUUCGAAGUCUCCAUCAAACUCGAGUCCAUGAAGUUUGAGCCAGUUGAUGUAGUACAGGCAGAGGAGCCAUUCCUGUUGAUGCCCGAGAUACGAUGUACGUCAGCGUGGCCAAUUGAGAUACAGACCAGUGAAGUUCAGUUGACUGAGUACAUCAAGACAGCCAGUGACAAGUUUGAGUCGCAGAUUGAGGGAGUUGGUUUAAAGAAGAAUGAAUGUGCAGCGGAGUGUCUGUGCCUGCUAGCUGAAGCAUCUGUCCAUCUGUCUGUCACUCUCGGAACCUACACCGUCCACUGGCGGAGGAAGGCCGACAGUGACACCACCAACAUCCCCUACGUCACCACCUCCUUCCCUCUGCCUACCGUCAACAUCGAACACAUCCCCAUCUCCGUCAGGCUGCAGUUGCCGGCAUUCGGCUGUGUGAAGACGCUGCUGCCACUGUGCUAUGUCAUCAAGAAUCGGACGCCGUACCUACAGGAGAUGGAAGUCUCCAUGGAUGCUAGCGACAGCUUCAUGUUUGCUGGAAAUAAACUGAUCCAUUUCCGGGUCCUUCCCCACAGUGAGUACCAGCUCAUGUACAACCUCUUCCCGCUCAUCGCGGGUCACGUGACCCUUCCCAAGCUGCACGUCAACAUGCUGCGCUAUCCAGGCACCAUGGAUGAGAUCGUGCAGAAGAUGCUUCCCACAUCCAUAUUUAUCAAGCCGACUGGGAAAUCCUUGGUGAUGCCUGCAUGAAGUCUUUGUUAGAGUGGCUCUCCUUAAACUGUCAGCUUACACACAAGUUUCUGUUCAUAAAUUUGUGACAUCCAACAUUAUAUUAUAUUCCAUAUAUAUAUAAUAUAUAUAUGUGUAUUCCUUCUUCGAAAGCACACAGAAAAAAGGGUUUGUUGCUACAGUUUAUAAGACAUCUGUGACCUGUAAUUAUUACGUCUUGUAUAUCUUGUAUAAUGUUUGUUAUAUUUAUUCUAUGUUUGUCAAUUUGGCGAGUUGUAUAAAUCAUUCUUGAGUGGGUCAUAAAGAUAUGCAUCCUUGACUGAUGGAUUCAUAUGAGAUAUGAAUUCAUUGUGGUUGAAUGGAGAGAGUAGUGGUUGGAUGGACAGUGUAAUGGAUGGUUAUGGUCAGCCAGCUUGGCUCCUGAUUGGUUAUCAAGUUCUCCAAUCAGAUCAUGUGUUGUGUGUGACUAAACGUUUUGAAUGUAUGAAUCUUAUAUUAAUAUUGCAAAAUUUGUGUUUAUUAUAUUGGAUAAAAUACGCAUCCAUUACACGAGUUUGUAAAUCAAGAGGCAUAUACAUCUGCCUGUUAAUGUUUGCACAUAUUCUGAGAUGCACAUAAAGUGGUAAAGUUUGUCUUCUUGAAUGUAGGGUCGGUGGCGUAGCCUAGUGAUUAAAGCAUUCACUCGUCACGCCGAAGACCCGGGUUUGAUUCCCCACAUGGGUACGAUGUGUGAAGCCCAUUUCUGGUGUCCCUCGCCGUGAUAUUGCUGGAAUAUUGCUAAAAGCGGUGUACACCAAACUCACUACUUGAAUGUAAAGCCUCUCAAGACACUUUUCAGUGAGCAAAGCAUUCCUAGAUAUAUAAAUAAUGCAUUUGUUAUACAAAGUGUAACUGUGCAACAACCUACUGUGAAGUUCCUAAAGGCCACCAGACAACACCAUUCCUCUAGUCAAUGUGUGAGCCCUGUAACUUUCAACUCGGCAACCUAUGUAAAGAGUAAAUUAAACUAUGUAUAACACAGUGUUGCAUUUUCAUUUGUUAAGACUUUAUUGAUGUGCAAUAAAUGUGAUGGAAUAACA